CACACACACACACACCACAUCAUACUUGCGGUGAAGUGAGAAUAAAGUGAUUAGAGUUGGACACACAAACCUGGACCAGGAUGAAGGUUUUAGUUGUCCACAUCUGGCUUCUCUUACUACUUCUGUACCAAGCAAACAGGAGCCUGGCUUCAGGUCAAUGUUCAGUACCCACAGUGCUCUGCUGUCUUGGACUUGAUAAUGGAUGCUACCGUGGCUGUUAUUGUGAUGAGGCUUGCCUCACCAUCGGUGACUGUUGUCCUGACUACAAUCAGACAUGCUUUCAAUUACAUUCACUGCCUUCAUCUCCAUCCUCACCAACCACAUUACCAACAUCAACGUCUUCACAAACUUCAGCACCAUCACCAUCAACCUCAUUACCACCAUCAACAACAACAUCAACAUCUUCACAAACCUCAGCACCAUCAUCAACCUCUCCAACGACAUCAUCAAUAGAACCGCUAUCAGGUCACUGUUCAGUGCCCACAGUGCUCUGCUGUCUUGGACUUGAUAAUGGAUGCUACCGUGGGUGUUUUUGUGAUGAGGCUUGCCUCACCAUCGGUGACUGUUGUCCUGACUACAAUCAGACAUGCUUUCAAUCACAUUCACUGCCUUCAUCUCCAUCCUCACCAACCACAUUACCAACAUCAACGUCUUCACAAACCUCAGCACCAUCAUCAACCUCUCCAACAACAUCAUCAAUAGAACCGCUAUCAGGUCACUGUUCAGUGCCCACAGUGCUCUGCUGUCUUGGACUUGAUAAUGAUUAA